UAAUAAUAACUUGGGGGUCAGGGGUCAGAUGCACUUUACAAAGCCAACCCCCCAUGCAAAGGUCUAUCCAGUGCCAAAAAGGCAUGGGGAGUCCCCUUUCUUCUGCAAUAAUUGACUGACCCUUGAUUCCCCCCCACCCCACCUGCCAAGGGGGUAGGGGGCAGCCACCGCCUUUCAAUGUGAUACACCCUCCCUCCCUCUCCUGCUGCUGCCGCCGCCACCCCGAGCCACACGAUGGAGCUAUCCGAGGUGCGCUGCCUGAGCGACAGCGACGAGUUGUACACCAUCAACCAGACGCCCCCCAGCAGCGGCGCUCGCUCCCAGCGCCUGCUGUGGCAGACGGCGGUCCGCCACAUCACUGAGCAGCGCUUCAUCCAGGAGCACAGCGGAGGGAAAGUGCUGGGCUCGGAGGAGUCCUUCUGCUCCAACCACUCCCACCAUCCGCGGUCGGCAGGCAAGAGCCUCGGCGGCCACAACAAUGGGGGAACCAAAGUCUUCCCAGAGCGCACGAGCAGCAGCGGGGACCUGGGCUUCCUGCACCUCGACUGCGCUCCCAGCAAUUCGGACUUCUUCCUCAACUGGGGCUACACGUACCGCGGCGUGAUCUUCCCUACCUUGCGCAACUCCUUCAAGUCCCGGGACUUGGAGCGCCUCUACCAACGCUACUUCCUGGGCCAGAGGCGCAAAUCCGAGGUGGUGGUGAACAUUCUGGAUGUGCUCACCAAGCUGACCCUCCUGCUGCUCCACCUCACCUUGGCCUCGGCCCCCAUGGACCCCAUCAAGGGCAUCCUGCUGGGCUUCUUCACGGGCAUCGAGGUGGUCAUCUGUGCCUUAGUGGUGGUCAGGAAGGAUACGACCUCCUACACCUACCUGCAGUACAGUGGGGUGGUCACUUGGGUGGCCAUGGCCACACAGAUCCUGGCUGCCGGCCUUGGCUGUGGUCUUCUCGGAGAUGGCAUUGGCUAUGUGCUCUUCACACUCUUUGCCACCUACAGCAUGCUGCCUCUGCCCCUCACCUGGGCUAUCCUGGCUGGCUUAGUCACCUCCGUUCUGCAACUCGUCAUGCAGAUGGUGAUCCCGAGGCAAACCAUGACCUCCAUCAACCAGACAGCAGCUCAGGCGGUUUUAUUUAUGUGCAUGAAUACCGCUGGGAUCUUCAUUAGCUACUUAUCAGACCGAGCUCAACGUCAAGCCUUCUUAGAGACCCGGAGAUGUGUAGAAGCUCGGUUGAGGCUGGAAACCGAAAACCAGAGGCAGGAACGUCUGGUUCUGUCUGUGUUACCUCGAUUUGUAGUCCUAGAAAUGAUUAAUGACAUGACCAAUGUAGAAGACGAGCACCUUCAACACCAGUUCCACAAGAUCUAUAUUCACCGCUAUGAAAAUGUCAGCAUUCUUUUUGCAGAUGUGAAAGGGUUCACCAACCUCUCCACAACACUAUCAGCCCAGGAGCUAGUCCGAAUGCUGAAUGAACUUUUUGCCAGAUUUGACCGCCUAGCACAUGAACAUCACUGCCUUAGAAUUAAGAUCCUAGGGGACUGCUACUACUGCGUAUCUGGGCUCCCGGAACCUCGCCAAGACCAUGCUCAUUGUUGCGUUGAAAUGGGACUCAGCAUGAUCAAAACAAUCAGGUAUGUUAGGUCAAGAACGAAGCACGAUGUCGACAUGCGGAUUGGAAUACACUCUGGAUCCGUGCUGUGCGGUGUGUUGGGUCUACGAAAGUGGCAGUUUGAUGUCUGGUCCUGGGAUGUUGAUAUUGCAAACAAACUCGAGUCAGGUGGAAUCCCCGGGAGAAUCCACAUAUCCAAGGCUACGCUCGAUUGCCUCAACGGGGAUUACAAAGUGGAAGAAGGGCACGGCAAGGAGCGCAACGAAUUCUUGCGGAAGCACAACAUCGAGACCUACUUGAUCAAGCAGCCCGAGGAGAGCCUGUUGACUCUGCCCGAGGACAUUGUCAAGGAGUCGGUCGCCGCUGCGGACAGGAGGAACAGCGGGAUGAUGCUCACUGAAGGAUCGUGGAGCCCAGAGCUUCCUUUUGAUAACAUUGUGGGGAAACAGCAUACUCUGGCUGCCCUAACAAGAAAUUCAAUAAAUCUGCUUCCAAACCAUCUUGCACAAGCUUUGCAUGUCCAGUCUGGGCCUGAGGAAAUUAACAAGCGAAUAGAGCACACCAUCGACUUGCGGAGUGGCGAUAAAUUGCGAAGAGAGCAUAUCAAGCCUUUCUCCCUGAUGUUUAAAGACUCUAGCCUGGAGCAUAAGUAUUCCCAAAUGAGGGACGAAGUGUUCAAGUCGAACUUGGUGUGUGCGUUCAUGGUCCUCGUCUUCAUCACAGCGAUCCAAAGCUUGCUUCCUUCUUCGAGGAUGGUACCGAUGAUCGUCCAGUUUUCCAUCCUGAUUAUGCUGCACUCGGCUCUCGUCUUAAUCACAACCGCGGAGGAUUAUAAAUGCUUGCCUCUCGUGCUCCGGAAAACGUGCUGCUGGAUCAACGAGACUUACUUGGCCCGGAAUGUCAUCAUCUUUGCCUCGAUUAUGAUUAAUUUCCUGGGAGCCAUCAUCAACAUCCUAUGGUGUGAUUUUGACAAACCGAUGCCAUUUAAGAACCAGACUUUCAACUCUUCUGUGAAUUUAACAGACCUUUGCUCCUACCCAGAGUAUUUCGUCUUCACCGGCAUCCUGGCGAUGGUGACCUGCGCCGUCUUCCUCCGUCUCAAUUCUGUCCUCAAGCUCGCGGUGCUGCUCAUUAUGAUUGCCAUCUACUGCUUCUUGACAGAGACCAUUUAUGCUUCGCUCUUCCUGCGGUACGACGACAUCAAUCACAAUGGAGACACAGACUUUUUGGGGACAAAAGAAGCCUCCUUGCUCCUCAUGGCCAUGUUUCUGCUUGCUGUAUUUUACCACGGCCAACAGCUUGAAUACACUGCCAGGUUGGACUUCCUGUGGCGUGGCCAAGCCAAAGAAGAAAUCAACGAGAUGAAGGAGUUAAGAGAGCACAAUGAAAACAUGCUGCGAAAUAUCCUUCCGAGCCACGUUGCCCGUCACUUCUUGGAAAAGGACCGAGAUAACGAAGAACUGUAUUCUCAGUCCUACGACGCCGUCGGUGUCAUGUUUGCCUCCAUCCCGGGCUUUGCCGACUUCUAUUCCCAGACUGAAAUGAACAACCAGGGAGUGGAAUGCCUGCGUCUGCUGAACGAAAUCAUUGCAGACUUCGAUGAGUUGCUAGGUGAAGAAAGGUUUCAAGAUAUUGAAAAAAUCAAAACCAUUGGCAGCACCUACAUGGCCGUGUCCGGGUUAUCACCUGAAAAACAGCAAUGCGAAGAUAAAUGGGGACACUUAUGUGCCCUAGCAGAUUUCUCCAUAGCGCUGAACGAAAGCAUCCAAGAGAUCAACAAGCAUUCAUUCAACAACUUUGAACUCCGCAUUGGGAUCAGCCAUGGCUCUGUCGUCGCGGGGGUCAUUGGUGCUAAGAAACCCCAGUACGAUAUCUGGGGCAAAACAGUCAACUUAGCAAGCCGAAUGGACAGCACCGGCAUUAGCGGCAGAAUGCAGGUGCCAGAGGAAACGUAUCUCAUCCUGAAGGACCGGGGGUUUGCCUUCGACUACCGGGGGGAGAUCUACGUCAAGGGCAUCAGCGAGCAAGAAGGGAAGAUCAAGACCUAUUUUCUUCUGGGAAGAGUACAGCCAAACCCUUUGAUCUUGCAACCGAGAAAACUGACGGGGCAGUAUUCCUUGGCGGCUGUCGUGCUGGGGCUCGUGCAGUCCCUCAACAGGCAGAAGCAGAAGCAGAUCUUGAACGAGAACAACAAUUCCGGGAUCAUCAAAGGACACUACAACCGGAGGACUUUGCUCACUUCCGGAGGAUCGGAAUCGGUGGCCCAAGCGGAGGGGGCCGACAAGACUGAACUGCCAUAAGCCUGCAUCUUUUCUUCGUCGUCCUCUUCAUUUUUUAAUUUCUUUUUCUAUAUGAAAAAAAUAAAUAUAUAAAUAAAAAUAUGGUUUAAUUUUUUUUAAA